AUUGGCAGGAGGAAGGAAUGACCAAACUGGGCACAGGAUACAAAGGAGUGAGUGAAUUUACCAUUCUUCAUAUUUGUCCAACCAACUCUGGAAGAAGAUGGUCUCUAUUGUGAUCUCUCUCUUGUGCUGCUGGGCUUUCCUACCAUUGCUCAGAGUAAAUGGAGAAUUCAGAGGUAACGAUUCUUGUGUAUUUCCCUUUGCCUACUGGGGCCAGACCUACUUCACCUGUACCAAUAAAAAUGAACAAAAUGGGAGCUUUUGGUGUGCUACUACAGGGAGCUACGAUAAGAAUUCUCAAUGGAACUAUUGUACUGAAGUAGAUAGAAAUUCGCAUGGGCCAUGUGUCUUCCCUUUCAUCUACAAUGGAACAAUCUACUCAUCUUGCACGACUGCUGGGUCAUCCACUGGAAAGCUCUGGUGCUCUCUGACCAGCAACUAUGAUGAAAACCCCAAGUGGACAUACUGUACUCCUUCAGAACCCCGCCCCUGUGUCUUUCCUUUCAUUUUCAGGGGUAGGUCUUACUAUAAAUGUACUAGGACAGGAGCCCAUGAUAAUGUAUUGUGGUGUGCCACAACUGACAACUAUGACAGGGACACUAAAUGGAAGAUAUGCUCCUCUCAAGAAUAUGAAGGGACUUCUCAUGGACAGCCUUGCUUUUUCCCAUUCAUCUACAAGGGCCGGACUUUUUUUACUUGCACCAAUGAAAAUGAACAUGAAGAAAAUGGGAGAUUUUGGUGUGCUACAAGUGGAAGCUAUGACAAGGAAAAGAAGUGGAGUUAUUGUGCUGACACAAGACUGGAUAUAAACCCAACAGGACCAUGUGUCUUUCCUUUCAUUUAUGGAGGCAAAUCCUAUUCAACUUGCACAACAGAUGGACCAUCCCUUGGAAUGUUUUGGUGUUCUCUCACCAGCAACUAUGAUGAAGAUCCAAAGUGGACAUACUGCAAAUUCUCAGAACAACGGCCUUGUGUCUUUCCUUUCAUUUAUAAUGGUGAGCCUUAUUCUACAUGUACCAGAAAAGGCUCUGCUGAUAAUCUGCUGUGGUGUGCUACAACUGCAAACUAUGACAGAGAUACUAAAUGGAAGACAUGUUCCAUGCAAGAAUAUGAAGGGAGUUCCAAAGGCAAGCCCUGCAUCUUCCCCUUCAUCUACAGGAAGCGUUCAUUCUAUACCUGCACCAAUGAGUAUUCAGAAGAUAGGAGAUUUUGGUGUGCUACAACAAGAAACUAUGACAAGGACAUGCAGUGGAGCUAUUGUGCUGAUACAAGAAUAGAUGCCAAUUCCAUAGGGACAUGUGUCUUUCCUUUCAUCUACAAAGGCCAAAAUUACUCCUCCUGUACAUCAGCUGGGAUAUAUAAUUCGAAACGGUGGUGUUCUCUCACCAGUAACUAUGAUGUGGAUCCUAGAUGGGCAUACUGUACUUAUUAAGGUUGUUAAAGAUGAUUUAUGCAGUAGAUAUCAUUGGUUCAUACCGGGAGGCUGCCAUUGUUCACGUGAUUCUAUUCUGAUGUGAUCAUUCCAAAAUCAGAAAUAAAGUCUUUUGGCAGCAUGCCAUGAUGGAAUA